AUGGGCGCGGCAGCCCCCGCAGCCAGCGCAGCGGCCUGGGCCAAAUGCUUCGCCACUGCGGCGCAGGAAGAGGGGUCUGAAGUGGAGGCUUUGGUUCCCAUCUUGGCAGCCUUGCCCGCGCAUGAGCGCGGCGGCGAUGUUGUGACCCUCUUCAGACGGUCCUUGAGAGAUGUGGAUCUGGGUUUUGCCCUGGGUGCGUGGCGCCUUCUGAACAAGGCCGAGCGCUUUAAGGGCACGGGCACCUGGACCCUGCCCUCGCUGCGUUUCGCCGAGCUGGAGGCGCUGCUGGCGGCGCUGCGCGUGGCGCGAAGCGCGGAGUUGCGCGAGGUGCUGAUGGAACUGGUGGAACAGUCGCGAUGCCGACCGCCCCUGGCCUGUUUGGCCUGGCUCUGGGCGCGGAGCUCGGCGCCAUGCUCCGAGUGGCGCCUGCACCGGGUGGCGCAGCGGGGCAGCGCCCAACGCUGGAGGGAAGCCAAGGAGUUGGCCUAUUUCCAGCAGCAGCAGCGUCCUUUGGUGGAUCCUCGAAGCGCUUCUAUGCGCGGCUUGCGGCUGGAACAGCUGGAGGAACUGCUGCGAGACCAUGGAGAGUAUCUCCAGGAGAGGGAACUUUCACGGCGGCUUUC